UAAAGGGCGCCUCAUACGAAAUAACAGCUUAUGGAACAGAUGUCAUGAUUGGCAUGGAUCUCGACCAAUAAAUUCUACGCAUUCUGAAAACGCGGCAAAAUAGAAACGGACAUGUAAUACAGGUUUUGCUCACAACGGUCGCCCAAGUUCAGCCUAGUCCGAACUUUGCUUUCCAGAUGUGCACGAGCUUCGUGAUCCUCGCAGAUUUUCACAUGAUUUUGACAACAUUCUUGCUGCAAGCCGAAGUAACCGCAAAAGACGGAGUGAGAAGAUGUCGAUGAAAGGUAUCACUCCUGGACACACAGAGGGUGAAUGCUCUCCAGGACACACAGAGGGUGAAUGCUCUCAACAAGUAACUAAGUCCAGAACUCCAUUUUCUCAAAUACAAAAUACUAAAAAUGAGAAUCUUCCGGAGGAGUUUUUCAUUGCUGAGUGCACUCAAAAAGCCAACGGUAAACACAGAGACGAGCACUGUGUGCAAAAUGAUGAUGCUGGAAGUAAUAAUGGAAAUGAAGAAGGGAAAAUGGAGGCAGCCUGUUCAGAAAAUCUUUUAGAGAAAGACGUCUCACAGAGAAAGACACCAAAGGCAAAGAAAAGAAAAUCGAGAAGAUUAAGAAUUAACCUGGAAGAGUCAGACGGUGAUGAGGAAGCAAGAGUGUCUAUGUGCCAGGCAAGGAAUCAAUACAUAGACAAUGUGAACCUUGAGAUUGAGGCGGUGUCCAGUGAUGAGGAAGAAGGGGAAGAGGCUGACGAUUUACCCCUGGAGAGAGAGAAGAGCGACACUGAAAAUAUUGAUCGAGGAGCCUCAUCAUCUGUCAAAAGACUUAACAGGAACUCCAUGAACAAGCACAAUCCGGAAACCAAGAGGUGUACAGAUUCUUCUUUCAGGAGUGGACAUGCGAGCCCAGAACACAUAGAGAGGCUCGAGAGUGGCCUCAAGCAAAGAGGCAUUAUCAGUCAAGGACAAAAAUUGGAAACAACAUCGGAUCAAAUUUGCCUAACAAAGGUCGAGGAUCUUGGAUGGACAGCAGGUCGGUGUUCUUGUGGCAAGGAAGGGCUCAGGUACUUGUUUCACAUCAAGAACAUGCUCACAAAAAAGGAGACAUAUGUUGGCUCACGAUGUAUUUUGUUAUUCAAAUUGUGCAAAGAAAUUGCUGAGACUGUGAAGAUGCUUCUUUGUAAUGGAAUCACAGGUACAUUGAUAGACAAGGACAAUCUGAAAUUCCUAAUUCAGAAAAACACUGGACUUGUAAAGCACAGCAAGGAAAUGAAAAAAUUGGGGUCCCUGCCACUGCAUCAAGAUUCAAAAAGAGGGUGGGAAAUCUUAACAGUGAGAGCUGAAGAAGGAAUUGGCUCCAAGGUUCUUGAGAUGAAAGAGGGCUUGGUGUACAAGAUUCGCCUUCAGCUGACCUUCAAAGAAGAUACAGAUGGCUUCGGUCUUUGGCAGGCAGAAAUGAUUGAUUUUGUGUCUGUGCCAAAAGGCAUGAUGCAGUCCACCCACAGUGAUGCUGACAAUGGUGGAACAGAAAAAAAGGAAACAAAAAAACACAGCAAGGGAAGUCAAUGGGAUUUUGACGGCGAGGAGAGUGACGAGGAAUUUGACGGCGAGGAGAGUGACGAGGAUUUUGACGGCGAGGAGAGUGACGAGGAUUUUGACGGCGAGGAGAGUGACGAGGAUUUUGACGGCGAGGAGAGUGACGAGGAUUUUGACGGCGAGGAGAGUGACGAGGAUUUUGACGGCGAGGACAGUGACAUGGAUGCUGACAGCGAGGACAGUGACAUGGAUGCCAACAGUGAGGAGUAUGGCACAGACGCUGACAGUGACGGGAGUGACAUGGGUGGUGACAGCCAGGAGAGUGACUGGUAUGUUGACCGAGGACACAGAACCAGGACAGGUGGGCCGAAAAGAAGAAACUGCCAAGAGUCAGAUACUGAUGAGAGUGCUGAGGAGUCAGAUUCGGUUGAUUUGGAGGAUGCAAACCCCAGUUUACACCAGUCUAACCAAUGUAAGAGCAGAAACACCAGCAGAGACAAACGUCAGACAAGGUCGGGUUCACAGUCAUCACAAAACGAUGCUUGUGGGCGCAAACGAAAAAUGGGCAAAGAAUCAAAAAAUAAAAAGAGGAAGAGACAAAAGACUUCAAACAAAAGGGAGAUUAAAGUGGAGUUGGAACUUAUGACAGAGGAUUCCACGCCAGUGAACUGGAUAGUUGUGACAUCUCCUGCUUCUACAUCAGCCUCUCAUCAAGAGAUCGUGAGGGUGAAAAUUGAAGAUACGAAAAUAGAGAACGGGAACAGGUCGACAGUAAGGAAAGUGGCUCACGUGUCUCUGGAAGCAAAAAAGAGCAGGAAAGACCAGUGAAAAACAAUAGGAGACAGGAGAAAAUGGAUGAGUCAGUCAUUCUGCAGACGGUAAUGAAACCAAAGGAGAGCCUUUGUACUGGACAAGUCACCAAGAUGCGUCCCAAGCAAUCUGCCUCAAUCUCCAUCUCAAAACAGCCCCUUGCACCAGUGCAACUGAGAGAAAUCUGUGCUCAAUAAUAACAGUGAAGUCUGCAAAGACAGUUACUUCAAACUGAGAAGACAAUCAAGACCUUGGAAUGACUUCCACCAAUAGAUACUGAUAUGGAAGUUUUUUAAAUAUAACUAGUGUAGCUCUAUCAGUUACUAGUGAACUGUUCUCCACAGGGGCCGGGGAGACAAAGGAGGAGUUAGAGGUGGGAGGAAACCGUCAGAUGAAUACAUGUACUCAUAAUAACAGAAUAUGGUAGGGACUGAAAACUCAAUCCACAUGCCAGUCUGGGCAGGACAUAAACCUGGGUAACAAAGAAGGCAGGCAAUGAAAAUAUCACUACACCAGCCGGACUACCAAAACUCUGUUUAUGCAUUUGUCAAUUUUGCUUACCUCUGUAGAGUGAAAUUAUGUUGUCUGUUGAGCAUUUCACUUGCUUCCAAUGUCUAAAACUUUCAGUUUGAGGUAAAAUUAUUGUCUCCGAGUCCUUGUAAUACCUGUUGUUGAAAGGCAUUCUUUGUUUCUGGAAACUGAAACUUCAGAUUGAUUGACACACGCCUGAUGUCGAAUGCCAGUUUUCAUUUUAUAGUUCUUUGUAUUUUAUUCUUUGUAUUUUUUAUUUGUUAUGUCUAACAAUUUUUAUAAAAUUGAAUUUUCAUACUGUCACAUGUUCACAUGUACAUUUUUAAUUGUCUUAUUUACCUGAGAAUCUAUCUAAUAGCAAUAACCUGUUUUUGUGUUAACAGUGCAUGUGUAGUUAAGGCUGCUUCAAAUUGUGACUUGCUUGACAUAUGACAUAUCUGCGUAAAAAAAUUGAUACAUGUACUAGAGCUUAAGGUUUCAAGUCAAUAAAAGUCAUGGAGUUUCUGGUUCCACAUACUUGUAAACGUUCAUUGACAAACAAAACAAACACCCUUAAGUGAAAGACGUGUUAGAUUGUUAAAACGUAUUAAAGGUCAGCUGCUUAUUUCUACAUUUCUGAAAAAAGUUGGUGUGUAAAAAAAGUUGAUUCACUUGAACAGUGGUAUAAUACAGUGACUUUGAGUCAGUGUAUGUUUAAAUAAUGAUGUGAUCACACAGCUUUAUAUUUCAUUUUCACCUGAUGUAACUAGAAAUCAAGUGUCAGCUUUGUCUGUCGUGGAAUCAUGUGUAAAGGGUUUACGUUUCUUGGAUGUCGGCAAGUGGCCUAUUCCUCAAUGACAGUAAAUCAGAAUUCUUGGUCAUUGGUACUUGUUAGCAAGUAGCUAAAGUUAGAUCGAUGGGGUUCAGGCUGGAGAAUCUCUAGUUAGACCUGCUACUUUUGCACGGAAUUUUGGGGGCGUGGUUUGAUGUUCACAGGUCCAUGAGUGAUCAUGUGGUUAAAACGUGCAAGUCUGCAUUCUACUUCCUCCACAACAUUAGAUCAAUUAGGAAGUAUUUAACGUGCCAAUACUGAAAUAUUCAUUCAUGCUUUUAUUACGUCUAAGCUCGAUUAUUGUAACAGCUUAAGUCGUCUUCAACGUGUUCAAAAUGCGUGGGCUAGGCUUGUGUGUAAUAUGUAUAAGUAUUGUCCUAUCACACCUGUUCUUGUUGAUCUUCACUGGCUCCCAGUUAAGUCUAGAAUUGUUUUCAAAAUCUUACUUCUGGUCUUUAAACACUUUGGUGACUGUCCUGCAUACUUGUCACAACUCAUCACUGUUCCAACCGAGUCUCGCUACUGUCUUCGUAGCUCUGACCAGAGUAACGGUAUUCUUCUUCGAUAUCCAUCCAUUCGUAGUAGGACCAGCCUAGGUGAUCAGUCCUUGUUAUUGGUUGUACAGCGCAUUUUAAUAUUUUUGAAUAGAAUUUGCACUUAAUGAAUUCAUUUAAUAAUUAUAAUAAUAAUCAGUCCAUUGAUUUAUGCUGUCUUAGUCACACUGAAGGUGUUUAUAUACUUCAGCUGUAGCUUGUUCUGGGAUGAAAAUAAAACUGUACAGGUGAUCCA